AUGGAAUCUGCAUCAACCAUAUCAUUAAAUUUCAACUAUGAUCACCAGUCUGACCAUUCCCUAUUCAAGCUAUGGAAGCUAACCAACGACUUACUGUAUAUAAAAUGCAAUAAUAUAUCAACAACUGAAAGACUUAAUAACCGAUCUUGGAGGCUACUUAAUCAACGGGUGUUACGACUCUGCGGACACGAUGGGAAUACUAGUACCGCUGACGAGGGCGUACAUAAGCUCAAACAAAACACUCAUGACGAGAUAAAUGACUUGUUUAAGGAAAACUUGAAAGAUUUGAAACCGAAAACUACUCAAUUUCUAACCGAAAGGCCAACCUUGUUCAGUCAUUCGUCAAACUUUAGUCUACAAACUAGGAAACGCAGCACUCAAACGAGCUUGGAAUCAUUUGCAUUUGAGAAUAAUCAGAAACAAUCAAUAAGUGAUGAAAUACAUGACCAUCAAGGUGACGAUUUGGCCGAAUCCGAUAUGUCAGAUAUUUCGGAAAUAUCUGACGAGGAGGAAGAAGAAGAAGAGGAGUCGGAUAAUGAAGUACAAGAAGAGAAUGGUGGGAGACUGCAUUUUACAACCAAUGCGUCAAGUCCAAGAUGCAUUGCAGAUACUUCAUGCUCACUGCAACCACGCAUGUCAUCACUGAAUCAGUCUGAUAAAAUAUCACCGCAAAACGUGCACCAUAGAACAAGAGACACAUUUUAUUUAGGAAGCUCUUCCUCUGGCUCCAACCAUCAUGACCAAUCAAUCAAAACUCAUUCCAUUGCAUCAAAUCCAAAGUCAUCACCUUUACGUCAAGUCACUGAAAAAAAUCAACAUAUGGAGCUGGCUAUAAAAGCAUUAACCACAUCACUGGAUAAAUCUACUGGUGCUCAAGUCCCCAUACAACAACCCCAAGUGCAGCGGCAGAACUCUUUGUUUAACAAUUUUAACUUUAAGGAUAACUCAUCCGAGAUUUUGAAUGGGUCUCGAAAGCCAUCAAACAAUACCAUUGAUGAAAUUGAUCUACGCCACAACAAUGGUGACUGCUCUUCUACUGAUAUCUCGGAAGACGAAGACCUGGAUGUUGAUGAGAUAGAGGAGGAGGACCAUGAAGAAAAGGGACACGAGCAUACACUAAAACAAGACGCUUCUCACGCAAGCGAAGUGAGCCAGCUGAAUAUUGAUGUCACUAGAAAGAGCUCGACUGCUACUUCGACGAGAGAUGAUAAUGAUAGUGAGUGGGUCUCUGUCUACUCUAGCUCGAUUAAUUCUACUGCUGCUUCAUCAAAAAGUAUUCCAAAGAAUCAGUCCUUAAAUUUUACCAAAGUCGAGCCACCUUCAUCUGUCUUGUCUAACGAGACUAUAUCAACAAUGGAUAAGCAAAGGAGAAAUUCCAACUCGACACCAGUACUAAACAAACCCAAGUCAUUAUUAUCUGGGUUGUUUCUUAAUGAAAUGGCACAUUCACAAUCUUCUACACCAGCGCCAGUGGCUGACAAACCAAAAUUGCUCAGAGCAACAACUACUGGUGUAAUGACUAUUGACGAAGAGAACAAACGUCCAUCACUCAUUUUCACACGCAAGUUUCCUUCCUUUACUGAUAUUCCCCGCAUUGGUAAACGAAUUCAAUCUCCGGCAUCCAUGACUACAAAUAUGACAAACUCGUCGUCUUCUGCUUCAGAGAGUGUAGCGGCUGUUGAUGUCAAUAAUAGCUUUGACAGUAGUAACACGCCCCUUAAAAAACAGGGUAGUAGUGUUGGUAUUUCUGACAUCAAUGUGUCAAAAGUACCCAAGGGCAAAUCCGCAGUUGACGAAGAGCACGAGCUAUUGUCGAAUAAUUUGAACAAGUUAUCAAGAUCUAUGUCGCACCACUCUUUGAUGAAUAUCUUAUCAAAGUCCUCCAUCAAUUUAAGUCGGAUUUACAUCAAUUCCAUUAGUAAAUUGAAGCCGGAGAACAGUUCUUAUCGCAAUUUUAGUGGUAACUCCAGGGGGGGUGAAUCGUCGCCACAUUCCAGGGGAGCAACUGAGUCCGGCAAGAGUAAUGGACGAAUUUCACCCAUAGACCAACAAAAGGCACCUGCUGCAGAGCCCACGCGCAAGCAAUCGCCUAGCUCAUUAACGUCAGCAUCAUCGAUUCUUGUAAACUCUUCGAAGUCAUUGGCUACACCCCCACCAUCAACACCCCCGGUACCUAAGAUUACCACAACUGAUGCAUCUAUAAGCGAUGACAAGAAAGACAAUCACGCUACCAGCGAAGUUAGAGCAAUAACUAAUGAAGAAAGAGAGUUGUUGGAAAAUGAAGAACUCAGUACUUCAUUGCGCGAAGCACUAUUAAUCGAUCAUAAAUUGGGUAGAGUUGCUAUGCCUGAUGGAGUAAUGAUAAAAAAAUCCGUCGUUAGCGGUGAACUGAGUGAUGAUGCUGUCUUUGAUGAUUAUCAUGCAAAAGGAUGGUAG